CAAUUUGCAAAAGAAGGUAGAGAUGGAAUCCUAAAAGUACCUCACGAUACGGAUUGGAUGCCAGUUAUGCGUCGAACACCGUCGGAGAUGGUAUUGCUUUCCAAGAAAACUUUUGUGAAACGGUCUACCAUACGUGUCACGGUAAAGAAUUCGCUCGCGGCAAUUUCCGCCACAUUGAUGCUGUUGGUGGCCUUUCAAUUACAGUUUAAGCUGCCUGUCCUCCAUGAAGAUGCAGCCGAUGUUGAUGUAGAGUCUGAUGUGUGGUACGAUGGAAAUGAAGUGCCUCCUAUCCUUUACUUCAUUCACACAAAAAUGGAUAUCUUGGCAGACCAGAAACCAGUACUAUUCUACGAAAACAUUCAAAGGACAGUCCGUCAAUACGAAAGGGCUUGGGGCAAAACCAAUCUCGAUGUGAGAUUUCUUACUUUCGAAUCGUGCCGGGAAUUGGUCAGACACGCCGCCCCCGAUCUACUGCCACACUUUGAUUCUGAUCCAGAAGGUCGAAAUCACGCCACUAUUUGUCGGGUCGCGGCUCUAUAUGUCACGGGCGGGUACUACUUCGACGUCGACAUGCUCACGCAACGAGCCUGGCUCCCUAGAGGUUGCUCGUUGGCUACGGCUUUCAAUCCCUGGAACAACAUCAUGCAGAGUAUUCUGAUAGCUCAGCCGGCUCACCCUCUACUGAAAGAAACUUUUCGUGUUAUGCUUGUUCACUAUGAAGAAUAUGAGAAGAUGUCGGAAGGUAUUGAGCGUACCAGCUUUCAUUUCAACCUUGGUACCAAAACUCUUCGAAUUGCCUACGACAAUCUUCACUACCAAGCGCCUCCACGCUGUUUUCUGCGGGAAUCGAAGCUUAAUCCACCUUCGGGUCCGCGGAUCUUUCCCGACCUCCCGCUGCAAAAAGGUGCCUUUGGGGGAGGUUGUAAUUUUGUGAUUCACAACGACAAUGAGGUGUUCUUCUAUAGUCGGAUCGUCGGUGCGGGCAGAACAUGCCGCUUCACUCAAGAAAAACUGUAGUUUGGAAAACGAGAUAACGGCUAGCUACUCUAGAGACAGAGAAAGAGAUUGAAUUAAUGUGAGCACCUGAUAUCAG